UGAGAUAAAAACCGAGUUUUUUUUUCUCUCUAGUCUUCGGCCAUGGCGUCCUCGGCGUGCGCCCUCGCCGACCCCUCGCGCGCCCACUUCUGCCGCGACAGCGCCGCCGCCUCCCACCUCAAGCUCGUCUCCAUCGGCAUCAUCCUCGUCACCAGCGCGUUCGGCAUCUCUGCCCCCGUCGCUCUUGCUCGUGUCUUCCAUGGCCGUCCUGCUUACGAGCUUGCGCUGCUCCUCAUUAAGUGCUUCGCUGCCGGAGUUAUCCUUUCUACCUCUUUGGUCCAUGUACUCCCUGAUGCCUUCGCUGCCCUUGCUGAUUGUCAGCUCGCUAGCCGCCAUCCGUGGCGGGAUUUCCCCUUCUCCGGCUUUGUUUCCCUCAUCGGUGCCUUGUUUGCUCUUCUUGUUGACUUCGCUGCCACUUCCCACGCUACUGAGCCUUCUGCCAAGCCUGGGUACACGCCGAUCGGGUCGGAAGAGGCGGGUAAGGCAGCGGCGAUUGUGGUCGAGAUGGGGUGUCAUGGAGUGGCAGCCGUGAGGGAUGAGGAGGAGAGAUUAGAGAAAUUGAAGCAGAGGAUGGUGUCCCAGGUGCUGGAGAUUGGGAUUGUUUUCCAUUCGGUGAUUAUUGGGGUCACGAUGGGGAUGUCACAGAAUCGGUGUACGAUUCGGCCGCUUGUUGCGGCGCUGGCGUUUCAUCAGAUAUUCGAGGGUAUGGGUCUCGGGGGAUGCAUCGCCCAGGCUGGUUUUAGCUUGGCAACAGUGGGCUACAUGUGUAUCAUGUUCUCGGUGACCACACCUUUGGGGAUAGUCCUAGGGAUGAUAAUCUUCUAUUUGACUGGCUAUGAUGACAGCAGUCCGAAUGCCCUAAUAUUGGAAGGGCUUCUGGGUUCUCUCUCUGCUGGAGUUCUUGUAUAUAUGGCCUUGGUGGAUCUCAUUGCCGUAGAUUUCUUUCACAAUAAAACAAUGUCUUCAAGUCCCCGACUAAAGAAAGCUUCUUAUAUUGCGUUGGUGUUGGGUUCUGCCGCCAUGUCUGUACUUGCACUUUGGGCUUAGAAAAAUUAUGUCUAUUCCCGCAGACAUCACCAAUGCAACUAGAGAAAUGCAAUACGAUAAUUCUAAGGUACAACAAAAAAGCUGCCCCUUUGUUGUAGCGAAGUUCUUGAGAUGAUUGUACUCAAUAAAACAAUUCUAGAGGUGUUUCAACUUGAGUUAAUUAUUUCUUUUCAUUGUCAAUAGAAAGUAUCAUUAUUUUCAUUUAGCCAAUGAAUUGAGCAGCACAUGACUUCAGUGAAGGACGAUAUAAUAAUUUGAUAGGUUGCGUUAUUAUAUCAUCUUGUGUAUUAUGUUACUGGUGACCACACUAAUGUGGAUGAUGUAAUUCAAUAUCUGUUUCUAGAAUCAACUUCAAGUUUUAAUUCAAGUCUUAUUAUUGAA